UGUUGGAUUCAGAAGUUUUGUAACAAUUUUGAAACCAUUUUCCUGCUAAAAUGACAAUGAAAAUUGAAAAUGAAAUAGAAAAAUUAACGAACAGAGUAAAUUUACUGGAAAACCAAAACGUCCGAUUCAAAUCCCUGCUAGAUUCCGCAUUAGAAAUAACGAAACAGACUGUAUAUAAACCAGAAAUUCAUAAAGACGAAUCCGAAUUUCUAACUCAAACAAUCAAACUCAUAGAAAACGAAAAAUCCCAACUACAAGAAGAUCUCGACUAUUUUAAACAGUCAGAAACGGAUGGUUUGCUGAUCGUUAUAAAGCAGUUAGAAGCUGAAAACAUCGAAUUGAAGAAGAAAGUCGAUCUUCUACUAGUAGAAGCUCAGAAAACCAGCAGGGAUGUUAGUAAAUUGAAGCUGGAACAUUCUGAAUUUAAAUUCUUAUUAACACAACCUGAUUCCAACUCAGAAUGGCUAAGAAACAUUCUACUAUUGGAUAAUACAGUAGCUGAAAACGCUAGCGUCUCACUCAUGGAACAGAGGUACCACUUACAGCAAAGGAUAUUCUGUUUGGAGAGAAAGAAAACCGAAUUACUCCACGCUAUCGAAGACAUCACAUCUCCGCAAUCUAACUCACCACAACCUUCACCAAAUAACAGAAAAGAAAUAGAACGAGUCGUCUUCAAUGCUAUCGAUACCGUUGCUAAAAGAGAGUACGAAAGUUUGUACACCAAGGUCUUAGAGCUGGAACAGGAACGAACGACAUUACUGAGCGAACUGCAAAUCGUUCUGGAGCGUUCCAGAAAGCAAAUAGCUGAUGAGUAUUCCAAUCUACAGAAAAAGAUACUCGAAAUCGAAACUGAAAAGGCUGAAUUAAGGUUAACGUUGAACAGUUUGAAUAGUAACAGAGAAGAUAAAGCUGAGUAUACGAUGAUAGACGAGAUGAGUGAUAUCGGAUCGCCUACUAACGAUGAAAACGAGGCGUUGGAUAAAAUUUUAAAUGCUUUUUCUAAUUCACCUUCGCAGAUGAACAUCCACGAGGCUAUUAGAAGAGAAAAUUCGAAGUUUAGACUAAUUCGGACUGGUAUUGAAUCUUGUACUAUAUUGUAAGAGAAAAUAGUAUAAAAAAAAACGUUCAAAAGUU